UGGUGUCUUCCCUGAUGUGCGAGCUUCAGUUCGCCCCAGAGGGAGCACGUCUGCCGACGACGGGGAUCGUUAGGACGAAAAGUUGCCGUCAUCGUUCAUAUAUUGACGUUGACGUAAAAAUGUCGAUUGUCACUGGAGUUUCGACAUAGAAGCCACCUAAACUCCCAGCAGAGAGGAUGAAUGUAGUCUGGAUACUUCUCCUUUUCAUUGAGGAGGGAUUUGCUCGGGCUCAGAAGACUGCAGAUGAUGCCGCCGCAUCCAAAGGGCUCAACCCGUCUCAGAGGCCGACGCGUUCUCGCCACUGUGGGAACUGGAUACGGCACGCGGACGGUGGCAGCUUUAGCUCGCCAAACUACCCCAACAUCUACCCACCCAACAAGGAGUGCCUGUAUGUGCUCGAAGCGCUCCCCCGGCAAAGGAUCGAGCUGCUGUUUGACGAGUCGUUCUACAUCGAGGCGUCCUUCGAGUGUCGCUUUGACCACAUCGAGGUGCGCGAUGGCCCCUUCAGUUUCUCGCCGCUCAUAAACCGCUUCUGUGGCGCCACCUGCCCCGGGCUGGUCUUGUCCAGUGGACGCUUCAUGUGGAUCCGCUUCUACAGCGACGAAGAACUGGAGGGGAUCGGUUUCCAGGUCCGCUACAGCUUCACGGCAGACCCGGAGUUCCAUCUGCAUGUGGGAGGACUCCUAAACCCCAUCCCAGAUUGUCAGUUUGAGCUGUCCGGGGCCGAUGGCCUGAUCCGAUCCAGUCAAGUGGACGAGGAGUACAAGGUCAAGCCCGACCAGGCCGUGGACUGCAUCUGGACCAUACGCGCCCCGACGAACAACAAGAUUUACCUGAGAUUCCUGGAGUACCAGCUGGAGAACUCCAACGAGUGCAAGAAGAACUUUGUGGCUGUUUAUGAUGGAAGCAACGCCAUCGAGGACCUCAAGGCCAAGUUUUGCAGCACAGUGGCCAACGACAUCAUGCUGGACACGGGCGUGGGCGUGGUCAGGAUGUGGGCAGAUGAGAGCAGUCGCCUCAGCCGCUUUAGGAUGUUGUUCACUUCUUUUGCUGACCCUCCCUGUGUCGGCAGCGCGUUCUUCUGUCACAGUAACAUGUGCAUCAACAAUUCUCUGGUGUGCAACGGUAUACAAAACUGUGUCUUUCCCUGGGACGAAAGCAACUGCAAAGAAAAGAAGCAGAAAGGAAUCUUCCAGCACACGACGAGGACUCACGGCACGGUUAUCUGUGUGUCCAGCGGCGUGGUCAUGCUGCUCCUCAUCGUCUCCAUCUUGGUGCAGAUCAAGCAGCCACGCAAGAAGCUGUUGGUACGCAAGAAUAACUUGUUCCAGCGUGGUGACUUCCACACAGCAUUUGAGCCGCCGCAUUAUGAACUCUUGACGCUCAGAGAAAAGAGGCAGUCAGGUGACCUGGGGGAUCUUUCCGAGGAUCUUCAGUCCCUGCAGGCCCUGAGGAGGUCAUCUUCUUCGGGCUCUCGCUGUGUUCACGAGCACCACUGCGGCUCUCAGGCCUCGCUCACUUCAAUCAAAGGCGCUCCCGGGGUGGGCCGCAGGUCUUCGGAGCUGACCCCGAUCCGUGGCGACGUCCAGAGACCUCUGCCACCUCUGCGCGACUCCGCCGGCAGCUUUCGCAAGAAAAGCUGGCCUAGCGUCAAAGCGGCCGCCGGCCUUCACGCGCAGUACAGCCCGGCAGAGCGACACCACCGAGUCGUGGAGGACCAGGAAGACGACCGAGACGCCGGCUACGACUUGUACGUACACGGGGCCGCCAACAGGAGAGGUCGCUACGAGAUGGUCCAGCAAAGAUCUUUAUCCAUGGACUUUUAAUGUAAA